AUGAAUAACUCAAUAGAUACUAACUUGGAAGAUGCCAAUAAUAGCCUUGAAGUUCUUUUUGUUAGUGCCAACAUGACAACUGUAAGUUUGAAAACUGUGCUUAUGUUUUUGCUUCAGCAGAAUGAUAUAGAAACAUAUAUUAAUCUUAUAGGAAAAAUUGAAAAAUUUAUUAAAAAAACAAAGUUGGCCACAU